ACUCUAUAAAAUGGCCAUCGUUUGCAGAAUUGCUCUUCACUAUCCAAACGAACCAUGCAAAAAAUGGCUUUUCCAGGUCGCCAUGCAUUGCACGAGCCAUCCCACAGUCACAUCCCAUCUUCCUACGCUCCAUUGCUCGACCCCGCCACCACCUCCGCCUUUGAAGCUCCCGAUAGGCAAUGCCGGCGCCGCCGCUCCUCCGUCGUGGCCCUCCCCCUGAUGGCAGUCCUUUUGGUCGUCGCCCUGUUCUCGGUGGUGGCUUUGGUCACAAAUGGCAACAAACCUAAUCCAAUGGUCUCCACACCGCCGGAGUCACAGCAGCCGGAGAACAUGAUACCGUCCCGACGUGGCGAGACGGAGGGAGUGUCGUUGAAAUCGUUCCGUCCGCUGCUCGGAGCUCCUAAGUACUCAUGGACCAAGAAAUUGUUGGCUUGGCAGAAAACUGGAUUCCAUUUCCAGCCCAAAAAGAAUUGGAUGAACGAUCCUAAUGGUCCAGUAUUUUACAAGGGAUGGUACCACUUUUUCUACCAAUACAAUCCAUAUGGUGCAGUAUGGGGCAACAUUGCUUGGGGACAUGCAGUUUCAAGAGACCUCAUCCACUGGCGCCACCUCCCCAUGGCCAUGGUUCCCGAUGAUUGGUACGAUAUCAACGGUGUCUGGACUGGUUCCGCCACCAUCCUUGAGGAUGGUCGACUUGUCAUGCUCUACACAGGAUCCACCAAUGAGUCCGUGCAGGUUCAAAAUCUUGCAUACCCUGCCGACCCAUUGGAUCCUCUCCUUGUUGAUUGGGUCAAGUACCCUGGUAACCCGGUAUUGGUCCCACCACCAGGCAUCGGGUCUAAAGACUUUCGUGAUCCCACCACGGCUUGGUUGACUCCACAAGGCAAGUGGCGCUUCAUCAUUGGCUCCAAACUUAACAAGACUGGCAUUUCAUUGGUGUACGACACCAAGGACUUUAAAACUUACGAGCUUCUUAAUGGAUUGCUGCAUAGUGUCCCGGGCACGGGCAUGUGGGAGUGUGUCGAUAUCUUCCCCGUUUCCAAGAUUGUGGAAAAUGGGUUGGACACGGGAGAAAACGGGCCUGGAGUGAAACAUGUCGUCAAGACUAGUCUUGAUGAUGACAGAAAUGACUAUUAUGCUCUCGGAACUUAUGAUGGUGAGACAGGAAAAUGGAUCCCUGAUGAUCCAAUAAAUGAUGUUGGUAUCGGAUUGAGAUAUGAUUAUGGUAUUUUCUAUGCAUCAAAGACAUUCUAUGAUCAAGAAAAGAAGAGGAGAGUCUUGUGGGGAUGGAUCAAGGAGACCGACAGUGAAAAUGCUGAUAUACAAAAGGGUUGGGCAUCAGUUCAGGCUAUUCCAAGAACAAUAUUGUUCGACAAGAAAACCGGUACGAAUAUCCUGCAAUGGCCGGUAGAGGAGGUGGAGAGAUUGAGAAUGAGCAAGAAGGUUUUCGACAAAGUGGAGGCUAAACCUGGCUCAAUUGUGCCCCUUCAUGUCGGCUUUGCGACUUCUCAGCUUGAUAUUGUGGCUGAGUUUGAAGUAGAUAAAGUGGCAUUGGAGAGCAUAAAUGAUACAGAUCACACGACCUAUAGUUGCCCGACUAGCCAUGGUGCUGCUCAGAGAGGGGCGUUGGGACCUUUCGGUCUAUUGGUUCACACAGAUAACCACCAAACCGAGCAGACCCCAGUUUACUUCUACAUUUCCAAGGACACAGAAGGAAAUUUCAAGACAUUCUUCUGUGCUGAUCACUCAAGGUCAUCUGAAGCAAUUGAUGUCGACAAAGCGAUCUACGGUAGCACAGUGCCAGUACUAGAAGGCGAAAAACUAUCCAUGAGAAUACUAGUGGAUCACUCGAUCAUCGAGAGCUUUGCUCAGGGCGGGAGGACGUGCAUAACGUCGCGUAUAUAUCCGAUGAGAGCAGUCUAUGAAAAUGCAGGAAUUUUCUUGUUCAACAAUGCUACUGAUGCAACCAUCACUGCCUCGCUGCACAUAUGGCAAAUGAGUUCUGCCUAUGCACACUCGUAAUGUUAGAUGUUUGAUCAAUGAAGCCCUUUAUAUAGUUGGAAGAUGUGUUCUUACAUUCUUUGUCCGUGUUGUAAUCUUGAUACCGGACACUGAUUUGUUUUUAGUUUGGUUCCUAUUCAUGUAUUUUUAUCCUUGUUGUAUGUACUCUAUUGAUUGUCGAUAACGAGUUAUAUUCAAUUUUGUUUUGAUUUUUGUCUUC